AUGGCGCGCGGUAUCGGAAUUGCGAUAGCGCAGUUCCUCUUGUUCAGCGCAUUUGUGCUGACACUCCUUGCCAAUAUGGGACAGAUUACUUCCAACAUUGUGGCGCGAAACAUUAGUUUUGGCAAGCUGGAGAUAAAGCGGGUAGACACCUUUGUGUAUGGUGUGAGCCAUGGAGCAGCUGCCCCGGGGAGUCUGGAUAGUUAUCGAUAUUUAGGCGAGAAGCUAACACUGGAACAGAUUGCAUGGGGUCUGUACUCAUCCAAGCUUCCUUCUAACUAUGGCAACGCCGUGGAUACGUUUUUUGAUGACCGACUUUGGAGUGCGUCCGAUAAGAGUCAUCGCAACGAGAGCAUCGCUGCAAUGUACCUCAUCUUCCUCGGUACGAUUUUCACAUUUGUCGCAUUGGUGCUUGGGUGCUUUGUAGUGCAGUUCUUUACCGCGCUCUGUGCCGCGUGCUCUUUCCUCGCAUUUGCAUUGAUCCUGUGUGGCGCAUCGCUUUGGACAUAUUUCAUGCACAAGUUUGUGCAGUUGGACAUGGAGGGUGCGGAAGCCAAGUACGGCAAUGCGCUCUGGUUUCUUUGUACGGGCAUCCGUUUUCUAGUGUAA